AUGCCCUCCUGGUACAACACACUCGUUGGCGGCCAGUUCCGCUCCCAUCCAUGCGUGAACGACACCCUUUGCAGCGAUGCUCAGAUUGCGAGAUACCCCCCCGGAGGAAACAUUCGACCCGACAUCAUCACGAUCCAGAACCGUGACCACCCAUCCACGGCCGACCUCCCCGAGAGCCACAACCGCAUCGACGAGUGGUAUGCGUACAAGACCAACCCCGUACACGACCCGUACUACACGGUCCUGGCCUCGCUCGAGGAGACCUACAUCGAUGAGCUCACCCCUCCGGAGCCCGAGCACAUGGCCCCGCUGCAUCCGAUCUCGUGGUACUCCAUCUACAAGGACGUGGCCAGGGCGUUCUACACGGGCAUGGGGCACACAAAUGAUUCUUACUACGAAGAAUACUUCAUAAAGCAUGUCACCGGAGGGUUGGAGUGGGUGACAGGUGCUUAA